AUGAGCAAUGCUGGCAAGAACCUGAUCGUGCUGGACAGGGGCAUCGCCGAUGUGUGGGACAUGGCCAGGGGCGUCGUGGUCAAGCGCCUCAAUGUGGGCGAGGGCUACAACUCGAUCUGCCAGAGCGGCAGGCACAUCUUCUUGUCUCGCGAGAGCGACGCCGGCCCCGUGGUCUCCAGUCUGGAGAUGCCGCCGGCGCUGUCGGCGCUGCUGGGCAUGUCGAAGCCGAAG